UCCCAUGUUCAUAACACAAACAUCUUCAUCACAUGUUAAUCGAAUGUUCAUCACAUGUUAAUUACAUGAAUAUCUUUAUCACAUGUUAAUCACAUGAAUAUCUUCAUCACAUGUUCAUAACACAAAUAUCUUCAUCACAUGUUCAUCUCCAACUCAGUCAACUCAGAUUCAUUUGAGCUCAGUUUGUUAUUUAUUGAUUGAUUAAUGUCUGCGUUCCGACCAUGACCACGUGAUCUACGUCAGCGGAAGCGGAGAUACUGAUUAACAGAUUAUCCACGUGAGGUUGCCAUGACGACGGGGGCUCGCGCGUCUUAAGGAACAUGCUGCUCUGUGAUUGGCUGACGGCUCAGGGCACAGUGUCCUUCAAGCAGGUUCCUCGGAGCCGCUUCACUCGCACAAGAAACCGACGAUGGACGAGCAAGAGUGAAACACAACAAUCUGUACCACUCACCUUGAAUAAGUAAGUUACUAAGAUGCCUAAAAGUGAUACCUGGCCAGGGGGCAUUGGAUUGGAGACGACGAUCGGCAUGGACAGUGCUGGCAGCUGUGACAGUGUUGUCAGUGCCAAUUCUGGCUUUAGCGAUGACAGUCUGGAGCACCUGUCUGCUGAAGAGAAGGCCUGUCUCAUGUUUUUGGAGGAGACCAUUGAGUCUUUGGAUACUGAGGAGGAUAGUGGACUGUCCAAUGACAAACCUGAACAAAUGUCGAGCCCUGGUAACCUCACUACCAAACUGGCUGACCUGUCAGCCUCCAUGAGCAAAAGCAAGUUGAACGAUUUACAGAAACAUGCCUCAAAAGACCCCAUCGAGGAAAAUGUAGACACCAAACCCAUGCAGAGCUACCUGGUUCCUACACCUCUUGUUGUGGCAAGCAGCACUAUCUUUUCGGUAUCCAAAACUAAACCAGGCAUUCUUUCAGAUAAGAACUUCUCCAAGCCUCAGUUCACUCCUUCAAGCAACAAAUCGCAUCACAAACACAACCAGAAACCUGUUGUUCACUUUGAGGUUAAUGUUGUGAUACCUCCUCCCACGAAACCCAAGGACUACUCAGUUAAGACAGUUGAGGAUCCUUUACCCAGAGGACCUCUGUCCUACGAGGCACUUGUUUAUUUGCGACGGAGUGCCUCCACAAAAAAGACCCCUUUGUGUCGCACAGUUGAUCAUACUAUAGAUUUGGACAAGCGUCUUCCAGCUACAAAGGAACACCCAAAUCUCGGAAACAUCCCAAGAUCUGACAGAUUCCCCCCCGAGUCUUCCAAGCCUAAGACAUGUCCUCCAGUUGUGGCCCCCAAACCCAAAAAUAUUCCUGCUAACAUUGCUGUGAAAACCCAAAAUAAAGCUUUGACAGCCUCAGACUCGUCAUACAGUAUUAAGCAUGCAAAAGAUCCCCAGGUUGUGAGACUGGAAGCUUUGCAUAAGCUUGGCCUCCUGAAAGACCAACACCCAGACAAUGAGACAGUGGCCCCACUAUCUCCCACUAAAUCUCAAUCUUCUUUGGACCCAACACCUAAAAGAUUUACAAAAGUGAAUCCACCCAGAAGCCCAUCGUUUUGUUAUUCUCAAGUGCCCAAGAUCAAACCUCUGCAGAGCAGUGCCAGUUUCCAUCACCAUUCGAGAUGUGACCAACAUUCUGGACCUGUAUCACAUCCUGUUCAAUCCCAUGAAUUAAAGGCAGAUGUUCUGGAGCACUCUGCUCCCCUACAUGGCCCGAGAAAUAGUGGAAACUGUCCUGAACUAGGACAUGUCGCAGGACCUGAGCCAAUGAGAACGACCACUGCAGCCCAGCCUGUACCUCAAAAACCCUCAAACUCAGUGGGAUAUACUGUGAUGGUGGUGCCUGGGAUGGGAGCUGAUCGAAGAGAAGCUCUCAGAAAGCUUGGACUGCUCAAACACUAAAAACAGCUGAACAGCAGAAGUCUGAUUGUGUAAACAUGGUGCUUGGAGAAAGUUCACAAGCUUCAUCAGCUUAAAGAGAGUUACAGCUUUAAGCUGAAACUUGGCACUUGGCACUUUGGCAAACUAAAGCAUGGGGGUGAAGAAGAAGAACAAUUUAAAGGGGAAUACCAGAACUUGUGCUUACUUACUUACUUACUUACUUGAGGGCAGAUUUUUUUCCCCAGCUAUUUUUCCUUAGGUCUCAGGAAUAUUUGGAAAUUUAUGUUACACCUUUCAAACCCUUAGAAUCUUCAUAUUUGAUGAGGGUAUGAUUAUUGUGUUUGCUGUAACACAUUACAGAGGUAUGUAAAGCCGACAUCAUGGUACCAGCAACAUGGUACAAAUGAGGUCCUUUAUUGGUUCAGUGCUUGCACAUACGUAUUGUCGUUUCUAAUGGAAUUCUAAAGAUGGCGGACAAACAACACUUUCCCACCACAUUUAGAUAUAUGCCACUGUUGGAGGAAACAGAAAUACAAAGCUACCGUACAACCAAUCACGUUGUGAUCUCUUAGUGUUGUGGCCCUACAACACGGCCGCAUCCAUAGCUCGAAUUGCAGUUAGGAGCAACAAGAUACCAACGCCUGCCUAUGAUACCAGAAGGGCGCUUGGAGAGAGCUUACCUCCACAAAGGCUAACCCACUAUCUCGCCAUGUUAAAGAAAAUGAUAAACAAAUCACUGUAUCUGCCCCUUUGUCUGGAUCUUCUCCAAAAUUAGAUUGGCUCUUCCUUCCCACCCCUAAACAAAAUUUAAUGCAAAUUAUUUCAGUAGAUUUUGAGUAAAGACAUGAAAUAAAAAUGAAUCAUAACUUACUUGGCAGAGGCAAAAGAAAAAGAAGUGAGCAGUGUUAAGAUCAAUCUUUACCCUUUCAUCUCCAAGUCAGAGGCAGAACUGGGUUGCUGAAUGUUUAUGACACAAUUUUCCAUACACUAUAUUCAAGUUCGUGGCUAUAAGAUUAUUUGCGUUGAUUUAGCUAUAGGACAUUAUAUUUUAAUGAGCCCUGGUGUGCACAUAUCCCAUUUUAGAAUGGUGGUAACUGUAGAAAGCCACAGUAAUACUUUUCUACUUGUCCUGCUCCUUCUACAUUAUACUGUACAUAAAAAGCUGCUUCACUUCACAUCAACCAAAAUAAAGAGGAUUUUAUUUAUAUUA